CGAAAACGGUCAAAGCCAUAGACCACUUUUGAUUGCUGUACUUAUUAUUAAACAAUUUAAUUGAAAGUGGCAAGUGCUGCGUGACACUCACAUUAUAUAAAUGUCGCCAUGAAUCCGAUAACGUUUGGCGUUUUAACAGUUAGUGACAGCUGUUUCCAGGAUCCUGCCAAGGAUAAGAGCGGGCCACGUCUGGUGGCGCUGAUACGCGACUCCUUUGACAAUGCGCAGGUGGUUAUCAGUGUGCUGCCCGACGAGCGUGAUCUCAUACAGCGCGAGCUGCGCAAAUGGAUUGAUCGCAGCGAUGUGGGUAUCAUUAUAACGACGGGCGGCACCGGCUUUGCGCCGCGCGAUGUCACGCCGGAAGCAACAAAGCCGCUGCUCGAUAAGGAGUGCAAUCAGCUGAGCCUAGUCAUUGCCCUGGCCUCGCUGCAGAAGACCAAGUACGCGGCAUUGUCGCGCGGCCUCUGUGGCAUCGCAGACAAUACGCUGGUGCUUAACUUUCCGGGCAGCGAGAAGGCCGUAGCCGAGUGCUUCGAGGCGGUACGUGAUCUGCUGCCCCACGCCCUGCAUCUGAUCCGUGACAAUGUUGCCCUCGUGCAGCGCACGCACGCUGAAGUCCAGGACACUGCUGCGUUGCCCAGCGUGCCCAGCGUGCUCAAGCGAGAUCACGUCUGUCCGCACAAGACGGGCGCUGGUGACGAUGUGGAUCGCAAUUCGCCGUUUCCCAUGCUGCCGGUGCUCCAGGCCCUGGACACCAUUCUAAGCGUGGUGCAGCGCAAUAGCAAAGUGGAGCAACAGCUGCGCACACUUGUAUCACCGGUCAACAUACCCCCAUUUCGUGCAUCUAUCAAGGAUGGCUACGCAAUGAAGUCCACAGGGUUUUCCGGAACCAAACGUGUUCUAGACUGCAUUGCCGCCGGCGAUAAGGUUAACCAACAUCCACUGCGGGAGGAUGAGUGCUUCAAGAUCAAUACGGGCGCACCGCUGCCGGAGAAUGCGGACUGUGUGGUGCAGGUGGAGGAUACAAAGUUAGUGAAGAGUGACAAAUAUGGCAAAGAAGUUCUGGUCGAGGUUCUGGUUGAGCCCAAGGCGGGCCAGGAUGUGCGAUCCAUUGGUUACGAUUUGCGCGUGGGCGAUCCAGUGUUUCCCGCCGUCGACUGUUCACCGGUUAUCAUCAAAUCCUUGCUGGCCUCCAUUGGCAGCCAGCUGCCGCAGCGCAAGCCGAAAGUGGCCAUCAUCUCAACGGGCAGCGAGCUGCUGGCGCCACACCAGCCAUCAGCCGCUGGCAAAAUCUAUGACUCGAAUACAACCAUGCUGGAGGAGCUGCUGCUCUACUUUGGCUUCGAUUGCAUGCAGCAGCACGUGUUGGGUGACGACCUGACUACCAUUAAGCAAACCCUGUCCGAUCUCUAUGAUGCUGUGGACUUUGUCAUCUGCAGCGGCGGCGUCUCAAUGGGUGACAAGGACUACAUCAAGCCAGCGCUGAAGCAGCUCAAAUUCCAGCUACAUUUCGGACGCGUUAACAUGAAGCCCGGCAAACCGAUGACAUUUGCGAGCAGGGAUCAGAAGUACUUCUUUGGCCUGCCCGGUAAUCCCGUGUCCGCCUUUGUCACAUUCCAUCUGUUCGCUUUGCCCGCCAUACGCUGGGCAGCCGGCUGGGAGCGGACCAAGUGCACGCUACCCAUUGUUAAUGUGACGUUGCUCAACGAUGCCAUUGAUUUGGAUCCUCGUCCCGAAUAUGUUCGCGCCACGGUGACCAGUAUUCAAGGCCAGCUGCAUGCCAGUGUCAAUGGUGACCAGAUCAGCAGUCGGCUGCAGAGCAUUGUGGGCGCGGAUGUCCUUCUCCAUUUGCCAGGACGUAGCGACAACAAAAAGCAGGCGCGUGCUGGUGAUGUUUUCAGUGCCUCCGUGCUGCGCUAUGAUUUCAUCUCAAAAUACGAAUAGCAAGGAGGAGGGCAACACAAAGUGUCCUUCCAAGGAUCACAAAAGAAAAAAAAAAACCAUAAAUGUGAACACAAAAAUGCUUGCAGAUUAGCACAAAUUUUGUAAAAAUGUUUAUUUUGAU